GCUUUCCCCUUUGAGGACAUGGAAGUUCAUAAUCUUACCAUCCUGACUGAAUUCAUCUUGCUUGGCUUCUCAGCAGACCCUCAGUGGCAGCUGAUUCUAUUUGGAAUGUUUUUAGCAAUUUACCUAGUGACCUUGUCAGGGAACAUGACCUUAGUCAUCUUAAUCCGUAUUGAUUCCAGACUGCACACACCUAUGUACUUUUUCAUUGGUGCUCUGUCAUCCUUGGAUUUUUGGUAUACUUCUGUGUAUAUACCUAAAAUUUUGGUCACCUGUGUCUCAGAAGACAAACGCAUUUCCUUGGCUGGAUGUGGAGCUCAGUUUUUCUUCUCCUGCGUUGCAGCCUACACUGAGUGCUACCUGUUGGCAGCCAUGGCCUAUGACCGCCAUGCUGCAAUUUGUAACCCACUGCUUUAUUCAGGUAUCAUGUCCACUUCUCUCUGUACUGGACUUGUGGCUGGCUCCUACAUAGGAGGGUUGUUGAAUGCCAUAGCCCAUACUGCCAACACCUUUAGGCUGAGCUUCUGUGGUGAAAAUAUCAUAGACCAUUUUAUUUGUGAUGUGCUGCCUUUAGUAAAAAUGUCAUGUACAGACACCCAUGUCUAUGUGAUUAUACUCUCCAGUGUGGUUGGCUUCACUGUGCUGUCCUGCCUUCUGGCCAUUCUCAUUUCCUAUUUCAACAUCCUCUUGGCUAUUCUGAGGAUCCGCUCAGCCUCAGGAAGGCGCAAGGCAUUCUCUACCUGCGUCUCCCACCUGUUCUCAGUUACACUCUUCUAUGGGUCCUUGCUCUUCAUGUAUUCAAGGCCUAGUUCUAACUAUUCCCUGAAGAGAGACAAACUGGCUGCCCUGUUCUACACCAUCGUCAACCCACUACUCAACCCUUUCAUCUAUAGCUUGAGAAACAAAGAUGUCAAAGAGGCCUUCAAGAAGGUGAUACAGACCUUCAGACAAGAAGGAUGA